CGAUUGCCCUAGAUCAACGUGGGGAGCGCCCGGAACGGUCCGGGUCCUGCGCAGUUCUCCCGCGCCAUGGCGUCCCUGCCCGCGGUGCAACCGCUUCUUCCGCCGACCACCGGACGCGGGCGGCGUCCCUAAAAGCGGCGUGGGGACUGGAGGAUGAUGGACGAUGAGAACUUCGCCCGGGACACUGCACAGAGCUUCUUCAGCCAAUCCCAGGCUUCGGGUGCCACGGGUGCCACCAGCCUGGCCACGGAGCAGACGGUGUCGAGCUUGGCGAUCGAGAAGUUCAAGGCGCAGCAGCAGGAGCCUCAACAUCAUCACGUGCAUCGGAUUUGCAGGAUUUGUGGCCGAGUGGUGGCUGCGAAAGGCCUGCCGCGCUUCGACACGUACUCCAUGUCUGACCCCUAUUGCGUGGUCAAGGCCAUCAAGGGCAACAACCAUACGAUGAACGUCUACAUUACCCGCACCAUCAUGAACAACAGCGCGCCGGUCUGGGACGAGGAGUUCGAUUUCCAGAUCCGGGCAGAUCAAACCACCGAGGAGAUCGUGGGCUUGCGCUUGGCGGUCUACGAGGCUGAUGGUCCAGGCUCCUCCUUCCACGGCUCCAACGACUUCUUGGGCGGUGCCGACCUAGUGAGCCAUCUCCACACAAGCGCCGGAGAGUGGCACGACCGGGAAGAGACAGACCCACAGGGAACCGGAAAAUGAGCCUUUGGAAGAUCAUAUUCCUCUACAACCCAGCGGUUCUUAGGUUCCAUAUUAGUCUUCCUGUAAGAGGAAGACUGUUUGAAAUUUGUUUUGAAUGUAGUGUUGCGUUGACACGGCAGACGCUACAACGAAAAUUGACUCGCACAAGGUGACAUGCUCCCAUGCACUUGUGCCAAGCUGGUGAUGCAAUAACUCCAGUUCUGCCCACCAAAAGACCCGAAAACGCGCCAUGUUUCGGCUUUUCCGAUGGGAAAAGCCUCGUGGCUUUGGGCAUUCCAAAGCCUUUCGAGUUCCUUGGCCUCUCAGGACCUCGCUGGGCAGAAGCAUGCG